AUGGCAAUUAAGAAGUCUAGAAAGGAUUCCGGAAAUAUGAGGAGGGAGGUUGUUCCUGAAAUGUUUGAGGAUAAGGAAGCUAGAAAUCAGUUGGCUCAUGUUCCAAAAUUAACAGAGAAAUCUCGAGUCAAGAAAUUGAGUAAAGAGAAAGUUCGUCAGGAGCAAGCCAAAGUGAGACUUUAUGGUAAGAAAAACAAGACUAGAGAGUAUAAUGAGAAAGAGUUGGGUAUUCCAACAUUGAAUAAAGCUGUGGUGCCAGGCGUUAAGAUUAAAAGAGGUAAGAAAGGUAAGAAAUUUGUCGCUGAUCAUGACAAUCUAUUGUUCCACAGAUUGAUCAAGAGUAUUGGAGAUCAACAGGAUGAGGUCACUGAGAGUAAAUUGGAAAAGGCAAGAAGAUUGGAAGAAAUUCGUGAAUUGAAGAGAAAGGAAUUGGAAAGGAAAGAGGCAGAGAAAGCUGCUGUCUUGGAUGAUAAAAAAUCAGAAAUUAAAAGGAAAGCCAGUGUCGCAAGAAGUCUUCGUAGAAAGAACAACCGUCGUGAAGAGUCGUCACCAUCGUUAGACACUAAAAAGGGCAAGAAGAAAUCUGUUUCAUUUGCCUAG